GGGCGUCCAUACCGCUCAGAUCGCAAUGGAAGAAGAGAUCGCCGCGCUCGUCAUUGACAAUGGCUCCGGCAUGUGCAAAGCUGGCUUUGCUGGCGACGACGCCCCCAGGGCCGUGUUCCCUUCCAUCGUCGGUCGCCCCCGGCACCAGGGCGUCAUGGUAGGCAUGGGCCAGAAGGACUCCUACGUGGGUGACGAGGCCCAGAGCAAGCGAGGUAUCCUGACCCUGAAGUACCCCAUCGAGCACGGCAUCGUCACCAACUGGGACGACAUGGAGAAGAUCUGGCACCACACCUUCUACAACGAGCUGCGUGUGGCCCCUGAGGAGCACCCUGUGCUUCUGACCGAGGCCCCUCUGAACCCCAAAGCAAACAGAGAGAAGAUGACGCAGAUAAUGUUUGAGACCUUCAAUACCCCAGCCAUGUACGUGGCCAUUCAGGCGGUGCUGUCCUUGUAUGCAUCUGGGCGCACCACUGGCAUUGUCAUGGACUCUGGUGAUGGGGUCACACACACAGUGCCCAUCUACGAGGGCUACGCCCUUCCCCACGCCAUCUUGCGUCUGGACCUGGCUGGCCGGGACCUGACAGACUACCUCAUGAAGAUCCUGACUGAGCGGGGCUACAGCUUUACCACCACUGCUGAGCGGGAAAUUGUGCGUGACAUUAAGGAGAAGCUGUGCUAUGUGGCCCUGGAUUUUGAGCAAGAAAUGGCUACUGCUGCCUCCUCCUCCUCCUUGGAGAAGAGCUAUGAGCUGCCCGACGGGCAGGUGAUCACCAUUGGCAAUGAGCGGUUCCGGUGUCCAGAGGCGCUGUUCCAGCCCUCCUUCCUGGGCAUGGAGUCGAGCGGCAUCCACGAGACCACCUUCAACUCCAUCAUGAAGUGUGACGUGGACAUCCGCAAGGACCUGUACGCCAACACAGUGCUGUCUGGUGGCACCACCAUGUACCCAGGCAUCGCCGACAGGAUGCAGAAGGAGAUCACAGCCCUGGCACCCAGCACAAUGAAGAUUAAGAUCAUCGCCCCUCCUGAGCGCAAGUACUCAGUCUGGAUCGGCGGCUCCAUCCUGGCCUCCCUGUCCACCUUCCAGCAGAUGUGGAUCAGCAAGCAGGAAUACGACGAGUCGGGGCCCUCCAUCGUCCACCGCAAGUGCUUCUAG